AUGGCACCGUCGAAGCGUGCGCUGCUCAUCGGGAGUCCACUGCAUGGUCUGCUUGGAACCGGAAAUGACCUCAAGACUAUGUCAGACCUCCUAGAAAGCCACGGGUUCGACGUGGAAAAUGGUGCGUACGUUACGAAACUUUUCCGCGACAACGCCACCCGACAGAAUAUUCUCGAGGCUUGGGAGGCCUUGAUCCUCAAUACCUCACAGGGCGAUGCUGUUGUCAUCUACUACUCUGGGCAUGGGGUUUGCGUCAAAUCGGACGGCACACGCGAAACAUCCGGAAAUCCGUCUCAGAUUCAAUUCAUUGUACCAUACGACUUUGAUUGCUCCCUGGACACAUGGAAAGGCAUUUCAGACGGCGAACUCUCUUUGUUGCUCCGGAAAACGACCGAGAAAACGAAGAAUGUUACAUACAUCCUUGACUGCUGCCAUUCUGCGCGCGCCGGCCGCGACCUUGCUACUUUCUCAGUGCUACCAAAGGCAUUCAGUCUAAGCGAAGUUCGACCAGAAGCUUUCAGUCUGACCGGCAGGUCAUUGUACACUGAUCUUUCGAACAUCAUGAAAGACCUCAGACUGGCUGGAAAGCUAACGGAAGAUCAUCUGGAAACCAACCCUCAUGCUGUACGCAUAGCUGCCGCUGCGACCAACGAGACUGCCUGGGAGUACCAUGAGAACGGUUAUAAUCACAUGGGUCUAUUGACCAAAAACCUGGCCAAAGCCAUCAUGAGACCUAGUAAGCAUAGGUCUUGGAGGGAUAUUAUGCUUGAAGUAAGCACACUGGUGGAGCAGGACUACCCAGAGGGCAAACAGCAUCCACGUUCUGCGGGACCUGACAACCGUACACCCUUCUCUUUGACAACGACAGUUACAGGGGCAUAUCUUGCAACGAUCUGGGAUGAUGAAUACACAGUUAUUGGGGGAGGUCGACUUAACGGAGUUCAAGUGGGAGAUAUCUACACGAUAACACCUUUUGGAUCACACGGUCAGUCUGGAGAGGAAAUUACGAGAGCUACCGUCGUAGACGUCAACGCUUUCGCGGCUACGAUCAGCCCAACCCCCAAGCCUUCGGAAUACGGUUCCAGUGAGGAACACAUCAUGGGCCUAGCAGUUCUCCAUCAACGUCAGAAUCGUUGGGCAGUCUCUGUUUCCGAGAAUAUGCAAGGGGUUGAUUUACAGCUUCAUCGGUCGGUCUUUCUCAAGCAAUCUGCAUCCGAUGAAAACCCUCUUGUCACACUAGACCGUAGGGGAAACACAGUCUUUCUGUACAGUGGCGAAGGAUUACAAUUGGCUGAGGUGCGGCUCAAUGACAAGAUUACUCUGAAGAAUGGCCUGAAGAGAUUAUUGGAUAAAGCCAGAGACUAUGGCCAAGCCCAGAACAUUCAGUUACUGAGAUCGGGAACGGGAGAAGAGGCUUUGGGGGCCAAUGUGGAGAUUGAGCUGGGGUUAGAGCGCAGGGGUACAAAGCAGGUUCUAUUGCGUCGGAGCGAAGUACGAUGA